UGAGUGAAAGCUCAGAGGCGAUUUGAAAACGGUGCCAUCUGCAAACCACACAGGGUCUGACCUGCCACACAGUGCCGAUUUCUUUUAGUCCACGUUUCAUUUUCUGCCAGAAUAAAGGGUUGUCCGGAUGACUGCAAAGUGCUCUCCCAUCUGAAACACAGCAAAGGAGGCGGUUCUUCAAGUGUCUUCAUAUUUAUGGAAUAAUACCAGCCAUUAUGUCAGGGAAGUCAGAUGGGAAAAAGAAGUGGGCGGCAGUGAGGGGUCGCCUGGGCUCCUCGCAGGACUCGGAUUCCCAGCAGGAGGCCAACCUGGAGAGCGCAGACCCAGAGCUGUGCAUCAGACUGCUGCAAGUUCCCACCGUGGUCAAUUACUCGGGGCUAAAGCGUCGCCUGGAGGGCAGCGACCAGACAUGGAUGGUCCAGUUUUUGGAGCUGAGUGGGUUGGAUCUCCUCCUGGAGGCUCUGGACCGACUCUCUGGGCGAGGAUGCUCUCGCAUUGCAGAUGCCCUCCUGCAGCUCACCUGUGUCAGCUGCGUGCGGGCAGUCAUGAACUCCUCUGCAGGGAUCCACUUCAUUAUAGAGAACGAAGGAUACAUUCGGAAGCUCUCCCAAGCCUUGGACACUUCCAACACCAUGGUGAAGAAGCAGGUGUUUGAGCUGCUUGCUGCCCUCAGCGUGUUCUCUGCAGAUGGUCACUCCCUGGCCCUGGAUGCCCUGGAUCACUACAAGGGUGUGAAGACGCAACAGUAUCGCUUCAGUGUGAUCAUGAACGAGCUACAGGCCACAGAUAACGUCCCUUACAUGGUCACACUUCUCAGUGUCAUCAACGCUCUCAUCUUCGGCACAGAUGACCUCAGGCAGAGAGAUAAGAUGAGAAAGCAGUUUAUCGGGCUCCAGUUACUUGAUAUUCUGCCAAAGUUAAGGGAACAGGAAGAUGAGGACUUGAUUAUUCAAUGUGAAGCUUUUGAAGAGGCAAUGGCUGAAGAUGAGGAGGAGUUGCUGCGGCUCUACGGGGGCAUCGACAUGAGUGAUCACCUGGAGGUUUUCACUACGCUAUUUAACAAGGUGAGCAGCUCUCCAGCCUCUCUCCAGCUGCUGUCCAUCCUGCAGACAUUGUUGGUGCUGGGACCAGGCCGCUCUGAUAUCUGGCUAGCGCUGGAGGCCAUCACUAACAGAGCCAUACUGCUGGCCCAGGACUCUCAGAUAGAGUCCAGUGAGAAGAUCAUGCAGCGGCUGAUGUUCUCCAAAGGAAAGAGCUGUGAAGGUCGUCAUGAAGUGGACGGGCAGCUCGUGAAAGUGGAUAAGGCUGUGCAGACUGAUCUGGAUCAUCAGGACAAAGACAAAAGCGUAACAGCCUCUCAGAAGCCACUGUGUGCCUCUCCUGCUCCUCCCCCUGCGCCCCCACCUCCUCCCCUGCCCCCUAGUAUGACUCCUAAUAAGUGCCCACCACCACCUCCACCCCCACCUCCUCCUCCUCCUCCACCAUUACCAGGAGGGUUUGGUGGACCCCCACCGCCUCCUCCCUUGCCUGGAAUACCACCACCACCACCACUGCCCGGCGGUCCAGGCAUUCCUCCUCCGCCACCUCCACCACCACUGCCCGGUGGUCCAGGCAUUCCUCCCCCACCACCCCUGCCAGGGAUGGGUGGUGGUCCUCCACCACCACCUCCGUUACCUGGCAUGCCACCUCCACCUCCCCCUCCCCCAGGCAUGAUCAUGGCUCAGAGUAGCCAAGUGCUGGGGUACGCUGCACCCAUGAAGACCAACCGAUGUCCCACCUUGAGGAUGAAAAAGCUCAACUGGCAGAAACUCCGCUCUGUUACUGAUGGUCACUCCAUGUGGGCCUCGGUUCAGAAAGAGCCUCCUCCUCGGGAGCCGGACUACAGUAGUAUCGAGCAGCUGUUCUGUCUCCCGGUGACCGAGCACAAAGACAAGGGGGCAGCUGCUCCUGUCAAGAAGGAGCCUAAAGAGAUUACAUUUAUUGAUCCAAAGAAAAACUUGAAUUUGAACAUAUUCCUAAAGCAGUUCAAAUGCAAAAAUGAGGAUUUUGUAGCCAUGAUUCAGAAUGGGGACCGUACCAAGUUUGAUGUAGAAGUGCUCAAACAGCUUCUUAAGCUCCUACCAGAGAAGCAUGAGAUUGAAAAUUUGAAGUCCUUCCAAGGAGAAAAAGACAAGUUGGCAAAUGUCGACCGGUUCUACACCUCCCUACUCACUGUGCCAUGUUAUCAGUUGAGGAUUGAGUGCAUGUUGCUGUGUGAAGAGACUUCAUCAGUGCUGGAUAUGCUCAAACCUAAAGUUGGGCUGGUGGAGGAGGCCUGCCAGUCUCUCAGAACAAGCACGCUCAUGCCCAGUUUCUGCCGGCUCAUCCUUGACGUAGGGAAUUUUCUCAACUAUGGAAGUCACACAGGGAACGCCGAGGGGUUCAAGAUCAGCUCUCUGCUCAAGCUUACUGAGACCAAGGCCAACAAGAGCCGCAUCACGUUGCUUCAUCACAUCCUGGAGGAAGCAGAGGCGAACCACCCGGAGCUGCUGACGCUGCCAGAUGACAUAGAGAUCUGUGAAAAAGCAGCGGGAGUUAAUCUGGACUCUAUUCAGUCGGAAGCCAGUGCCUUACUAAAACGACUGAAUGACACGACCAAGAAGGUCUCCAAUUCUGUGGAAGAGGUCAAGGAGCAAUACGCAAAGGUUCUUGAGGAAAGUCUGGAGGCAUGUCAAGCUUUAUGUGAAAGGUUUACAGCGAUGGACAAGAAGAAGGGCGAGCUAGCUGUCUACUUAUGUGAAGACUCCAAUCAGCUGUCGCUCGAGGAACUCUUUGGAACUAUUAAGACUUUCCGAGGACUGUUCAUCAAGGCGCUGAAGGAAAACAAAACCAGAAGAGAGCAGGCAGCCAAGGCUGAGAAGAGGAAGAAGCAGCUGGCAGAAGAGGAGUCCAAGAGACAGAAGGGAGAGAAUGGAAAAAUCAUCAAGAAAGGCUUUGUGCCACAGAAUGACGGCUGCAUCAUCGACCACCUCCUAGCGGAUAUCAGGAAAGGUUUCAGCCUAAGAAAGACCAGGCCAAGGUGCGAUUCGGAAAGCCCCCCUUCUAGUGAAAAGCAUAGGGAUACCUGCCCAUCUGAAAAAAGUGUGAAGCCUGUAGACGAAGAAGCCGCAGAGCCAGUCACCAUAUCCGCUCCCACCAAACCUCAGAAAGAGGGUCACCAGCCCAGCGCAGACAAAAUGAACGGCUUCAUCAGUCCAUCAGAAGAGACUCCACCAGCUCCGCAGAGUGUGGUGCAAGACGGCACAGCUCCACCUCCCAAGGAACUCCCAGGAGAACCAGCCAUGGCAAUCCAGACACCCCUGGAAAGACCUACAUCGCUGCAGGAUGGGCAACGCCCACAGAAACCCACAGUGCCACCUUUAGAUACGACACAACCUCAGCCUCAGGUUGAAGCGGAACAUCAGCCAUGUCUCCCCACAAACGGCUUUUCAAUGGAUUCCACCGAGACCAGUGUCUUCAGCCCAUCUUCCCUCUCCGAUUCUGACCUGCUAGAGGUGGCGUUAGAGUGCACUCCCAGCCUGGAAUCAGAGAAGCUGACGCCAGUGGAGCCAGCAGACAUUAGUGUGAAUGUCCAGAUCACGGAAUGCCCUUUACCUAACACAGACAAUGUGACACAGAGUAGCGAAAGCAAUAUAACGGGAGAUGGAAAAGCUGAAACUAGUAAUAAAAUAAGCCAUUUAGAAGAGACUGCAGAACCAGAGAAAGGUAAAGAAGAGCGGAAAUGCGUUAUUGUAAAAACGGUCGUGACUACAGUCGACGAGAGCAUCAAGGGGUGCGACGUUCCAGAUGGAUUGCAAUCUGAAGAUCUGCCAUCUGUGUCUGAAGCAGUGCCUCCAUCCCAUAAGCCUGAACCAAAGAAACAGCAGAGUCUCUUUAAAAGAAGCAAAAAGAAGAGUAACCAAGGUAACAGUGGGAAAGGACACACUAAACAUAAAAAAGGCUGUGUGUUGCAGUGAGGUGACUCCAGAAAAAGGAAAUCAAGAGGAAAAAGAACGUGUUAAUUUUACACAUGGAGUUGUGAACUGGAAGGACUAUUUUACUUUGUGAGCCUGCGUGAGCACUGACUCCUUCAAGAGGAUGCAGAAGUCUUCCUUUUGCAAUGAUUUGUUGAAGAAGAGUAAACACAUCUAAGGCUGGGAUCUUCACACCGUGUGAAUGCCAACUUGUCACUUUAUGUAAAUUAGUUUUUGUGUAUAUGAGUGAUUUGGAUUCAGAAACUAUUCCAAAAAAAAAAGUUGAAUGUGCUUUAUAUGUUUUGUAUAAUUGUUGUAAUAUGCAGUGAAUGUGUUUUUGCUAUAUUUACAGCACCUUUAGAAGGAAAGAUGCAGUGUUGUUGGUGCAAGAUAUUUAACUCAUCAAAACAAAAGUGCUUAAAUGUCAUGUCUUAAUUUCUUUAUAUAUUACCCAGAGCUCUAACAGGAAAUAUAAGGGGCAGCAUAUAAUGGAUUGUAACUUUUAAUGUUAGAUAUAUUUUAAUAAACGUGAAUUUACUGUUCA